AUGGUAAAAAAGCGGGGAAUCGUAUGGAAUUAUUACAAUAAAAAAGUUGAUGGAUCGCAGGUGAUAGCCUUUUGCAAGUUUUGCAACCAAUCGUAUAUUCAAAAUGCUACCCGAAUGGAACGGCAUAUGGAGCGCUGUCAGAAAUGCCCUGAAACCAUCAGGCAACAGUUUAUUCAAGUAGCCCACAGCAAGAAGAAUAAAGGCAUGGUUACCACUAACAUUAAGAAGAACGAUACUUGGCCUAAUCAAGAACCGUCUAUCGAACCAAGUAACAUUAGUGACACGCAGCUCGAGGACCUAGAUGAAUGGGGAUACAGAAAUCAAAUUUAUAAUGAUGCAUCCAGCAACAACACACAAUCCAACGUCGAAGUUGUUAUCCAGAGUGAAACGCAGUGGACAAAUCGUGAUGAAGAAAUGCACAAUACUGAGGCUAGUAGCAACACUGAAAACAACAGAGAUUGGGAGGCAAAUCGAGCUGGAGAAGAAACGGGCUCUACUGGUAAACUUUGUCCUGGAUCUCAGGAGAGAGGAGCUACCAUUCGUGAGAAACGAGCUUCAUUUGGUUCAAGAAGAUUGGCGCCUUGUUCCAUCCUGAGUAUGCGAUCUGCUACCCAUUCUUUGUUGCAAAAUAAAAUCCACCAAGAAGAAUUGCUCGAAAAAAGAGCAGCUAGAUGUACCGCGGAGCUGGAACUUAGACGCAAGACUUUGGAGCUAGAAAGAUUCCAGUGGGAAUAUGAGAGAGACAAAGUUCAAAGUGAGCUGCGCUGGGCUCAUGAAACUCGGAUGAUGCAACUUAAGGAGGAACGAGAAAGGCAAAUCAUCGAUCAGAGUCGAACCAGGCUUCCAGAUGUGAUGUGACAAAUGACCAAGAGUCGGAGUAGAAAAAGGAACCAAUGUCAAGAUGAUUAAAAAGUCGUUCAACCAAUUCUCCUGAUGUUUAAUUAUGGAUUUUUUACAAUCAGAUGGUAGUUUCACUACCAUCGAAUUGGCAAACAGAAAUCUUACUAGAAAUGCAAUUAUUCAUUGAUAUAUACAUGAUGGAGAUUCGAAUUUCAUUAUUUGUGAAUUGCUAAUGUAAUGCGACGAGCUAUUUUAGGAUGCAUAAAUAAAAUUUUCAUUCUCAUAA